UUGAUUUCCCAUUUUAAACGGCAUCUGAAUCAAUCCCACUCCCACCAACAAAGAGGAAUUUCAAAAUCAGAAUUAAAUCCCCAUUGAAUUUUCGAUUUGCCUGACAGUUUGUUUUGGCUCGACUUCUGCACAAACUCGAUACCAAAAAAUUCGAAGUCAAGCCUCAAGCUUUCUCCACCCCAUCAAGAAAAAUUCCAAGAAAUCCAUGGAGGAUUACAGAUCAAAAUCUUACAAUGAUGACAGAAUGCAGAUAGAGCCUUAUUAUGGACGCCCCUCUGCCAGGCCUACUGAUUUCAGGUCAUACAGUACUUCAUAUGCUUCUUCUUCAUACUAUUAUGCUGCACCGCCGUCUCCUCUGGGGCAAAUUAUGCCACCGUCUGCUCUAGGUCCGCCACCUCCCAAGGACUGGAAGCUCAAGAAAGGCAAAAGCACAAGUGGGUCAACUUCAAAAUCUUGGACUUUCAAUGAUCCUGAGUUCCAGAGGAAGAAGAGAGUGGCUAGCUACAAAGUCUACACCGUUGAAGGCAAAGUCAAGGGAUCUUUGAGGAAGAGUUUCAGGUGGCUUAAGGAUAGGUACUCCCAGGUGGUCAAUGGCUGUUGGUGAUUUUACAAUUCAUGUUAUAUAAUUUCCUUUUAUGCUGUGUUCUUAUAUUUGUGCCGGAAUAUGAAACAAGAUUUCGUUUUAUGGGCUUUUAACACAAAAUUUGUAAGAUAGGAUUUUGUUGAUUUGAGCGAUUUUUGUCUAUGUAUGAUUAAUCACACGAUAGCCUUUUUCUUAUCAUAUAUGGAUCAUUGUUAAGGAUUGAAUCCCACGAAGUAUAUAAAUGAAAGUGAUAACCAUUC